AUGAAAAAUUCCUUACAUUUUCUAAAUUAUAUAUUUGUAUUACUAAUAUAUGGGAGAUUUUCGUUAUAUUGUAAGCCAUUAUUGAAUAAAAAAGAUGGUCUUCAGGGUAAAAUUAUAGGAGGCGAGGCCGUGCCUAUGGAAAGAUUUCCAAUUUCUGUGCAGUUCUUUAAUGCAGGAGCAAUGUGUGGUGGAGUUAUACUUAGUAGUUGGAGUGUUAUUACUGCUGCGCAUUGUUUCGACGUGAAUGCUAAUGUUAAUGAUAUGAUUGUAUAUGUCGGGUCGAGGUAUAACUACGACUUCAAUGCUAAAGCGCAUGAUAUAUUGUCGUUUGUAAUCCACGAGAGAUACAACCAAAGUACACAAUUCGCCUGCGAUAUUGCGUUGUUAUUCCUCCAAACACCUAUAAAGAUUACAAAUAAAUCCGAGAAAGCUUUAAUUGUGACCCAUAACAGGUGGAUGAAUGCGAAAGAGAAGCAAUUUAUCGUCACAGGCUGGGGCUGGACUACAUACGGUGGUCCGAUAUCGGAAAGCGGUUUGAUGAUGACUACUCUCCAAUUUGUUCCCACGACAAAGUGUGAAAUAGUUGAUAAAAGUAAGGCAGCAAAAGAUAUGUUUUGUUUAUAUGGUGGGGGACAGAGGGAUACUUGCAGAGGAGACUCUGGGGGUGGAGUACUUUGGAAUGGAAUGCUAGUGGGCAUUACGUCACAUGGUGAUGGAUGCGCUAAAAAAGACAAACCAAGCGUGUACGCCAACGUUUGGUAUCUAAAGGACUGGAUAGAAGAAACAUUUUAUAAGUUUAUGGAGGAAUAUUGCCAGAAUUCAGAUUGGACGACAUAA